AAGGAUAGAAAUGAAAGAGAGAGAUAGAGAGAGAAAGAAGGAGAGAAAGAGGAAAGAAAACGAGAAAGAGAGUGAUAGACAAAGAGAGAAAAGAGAGAGAGAGAGAGAAAAUGGAAUAUCUCUAUUUCACAUGUCCUCACUUUCUUCAUUACAGAUUAACGAACGUGAUUGUUUGGAACGAACUCCUUUAAUGUUGGCCUGUUUUGAGGGCGCCGAUAGAAGAAUCCUCGAGAUUUUUAUAGAAGCAGGAGUAGAGGUGGGAGCAAAAGACUACAAGAGUUGGACAGCUUUACAUUGGGCUGUGAGGAGCCGUCGUCUUGAAUCCGUGGAAAUCUUACUAUCUCGGGGCAGCGAGAUAAACGGAAAAAACCGAUGAUGGCAGGACUCCUCUCCAUUUGGCUGCAGACUCAUAUCCGAAUGGACAGAUGGUGUGAAAGAAUUAAUGAAACACAGCGCUCUUGAGUUGAAUCCUCGAAAUGAAUAUGGUCAAACACCGCUGCACUUGGCUUGUUUGUGGGGACACUUACACACACUCGACCUGUUGUUGGGUCACAAUGGCAUUGAUGCCAAUGUGGUGGACAACGAUGGAGACACACCACUGCAUUGGGCAGUUCAGGACGCAAAGUAUAGUGCGGUGUGUCUAUUGCUGAACCAGGAUUCAGUGAAUUUAGAAAUUGUGAACAAAAAAUAUAGGACACCAUUACUUGAAGCUGUCUCGGACGGUCACCUCGGAAUAAUGCAGCGGCUGAUAGCCAGAGGUACGAAUGUAAAGGCUGUCGACAAUGAAGGCAAUAAUUGCCUGCACCUGGCUUUAAACAAAGAUACAUUCGGUUCGGAGGUAGAGACAAUUGGCAUUUUAGAUAAGUACUGUAAAGAUCUGAAACUGGGAACGAAGAAAGGUACUCUGAUGUGGUGGUUGCUAGUUACCUAGCCCACCAUGGGGCCAACUUUUACUGUAAAAACAAAAGUGGCAGAACACCAUUGGACCUAAUAAAAAAGAAAAAAUUAAAAAAAAUAUUAAAGACGUUAUUCCGACCGACGCCAUGUCGCUGGUGUCAAGAGAACAUGGCCACCGUGAGACUGCAACCAUGUGAAGAUCUUGUUCUCUGCGAGAAUUGUUCUUCUGAAAUGACAUUUAAGAGAUGCCCCGUGUGUCGAGAAUACACCCUCAGCAAAAGUGAAUUUGUGAAUCGAACAUUUGAAGUCAAGGAAACACAUACACUGGAAGAACCUGUUGGUGAGUAUAAAAUAACAGCACUUGAUUGAUUCCUCUAAGGUUUAUCUUCUGCUUAUUUUGAUAUCAGAAUGAUAAAGAUCAGCUUCCAUUCUUACCUUUCAAUGGGAAGUUUUAGCAGUAAACUAAUCAUAUUAAACAUAUCGAUACUAUUGACAUUUCAUAAAGUAUCCAAUCAGGUUAGCACGGUUGGUGAAAUGGAUAAAU